AUGGUCGUCGUUGCUGUAGCUGGUGGUCUAGGGGAUGUGGGACGUACCAUUGUGGAGGAAAUUCAUCGGUCACAACGACACCAGGUGUACGUCCUCACCCGGCAGAAGGCCCCCGGGAGCCCCUCCAGGAACGUACCCGAAUGUUUUCCAUCGGUCCUUGAGGUCGAUUACUCUUCGCGAACGGCAUUGAGCGAGGUUCUUGCGAAGUAUAAUGUCGACACUGUCAUCUCUACGCUAAACCUUCACUGGCCUGGUGCCGACGACGCCCAGUUGAACCUGAUCCAAGCCGCGGCCGAAUGUGGCACCGUGACAAGGUUCUUGCCCAGUGAAUUUAACAUUGACUACAACGCCCCAGAAGAGGAUAUGCCAUACCCACCCAGAGUUAAAUACCUCCAAGCCGUCGAAGAGCUGCGUCGCAACACAACUCUGACGUUUACACUUGUUCGGAAUGGAUUUUUCAUGGACUACUUGGGCCUGCCAUUUGCAGAGACACAUCUUCAUCCACUCUAUUGCAUACUCGACAUCUCGGCCGGCAAGGCUGUAAUACCCGGCGACGGAAACUGCCAUGUGGUAUUUACGCAUACUCGUGACGUGGCCAAGUUCGUCAACGAGUUAUUGGACUUACCAGCCCACCAAUGGCCAAAGGAGUCCGCUAUUAUCGGCGAACGAAUUACCCUAAAUGAAUUGGUAGAGGCUGCGGAGAGAUGCACAGGGCGCCGAUUUCACAAGACCCACGACGAAGUCAGCGCCAUCAGGAAAGGUGCAACAACGGAACUGCCUUCCAACAACCCUUGCUACUCAUACUUUCCUGGUGGCAAAGAAGAGUUGGAUGGUAUCUGUUGUACGCAGAUGAUUGGAAUGGUGGCCGGUGUUUUUGACAUUAAAGGGACGGAAUUGAAUAAGCUAUUUCCGCACGUCCAGACUAUCCGCCUAGAGCACUUUCUCAGGACAUGCUGGGAGAAAGCAGGCGAGAAUAAUGUGCAUAGAGCAGAGUAG